AUGGCCCGUAUGGCCCGUGCUCUGUAUGAAGAUCCCGACUUCCCAGCCACGGACGGCAGCAUCGGAGGCGUCACAGGGGACCAUGCGAAUCCCAAUGCUGCCAAGUACCUGCAAGAGAUGAUGAAGUUGAUAGUUCCUGGCUGGGUUCGGCCAGCUGAAAUGAUUGGAAAAAAGGCUGGGAAGUACGAAUUGUGGGGGACUGAAGGAGAACCAUGUUUGUUCAACCGUGUGUCACCUUACGACAUCAAACAGGGCUAUUUGGGCGACUGUUGGUUGGUCUCUGCCAUGUCUACCCUGGCGGAAUACCCGGACCAUGUUCGCCGGCUCUUCAAGCAAAAGACUCUGUCAGAGGAUGGACGUUACGAUGUUCGACUCUAUGACCCAACAUCCGAGGAGUGGAAGUUGGUGACCAUCGAUGAUCGAUUGCCAUAUUGGCAGCGCCCUGGAAAGCACGGGAAUCUCUGCUUUGCCGCACAAACCCCGCAAAACGAAUUCUGGCCGUGUCUGUUGGAAAAAGCUGUGGCGAAAUUUGUCAUGGGCUUCUAUCGUUUGGAUCGAGGUUGGGAAUCUGUGGCUCAGGAGAUGCUCACAGGAAAACCAUCUGUUUGCAUGGUGUUGGACCCGAUGCCCAAUGGUUACCAUUCUCCAUUUCACAUCAUCACUGGAAAGACUCCAUGGACAGCCAGGCAUGCAACUGUCUACAUGCGUAAGGAAACUUUCGAUCUUCAAUAUCGCUACUACGGUGCGGAUGCAUCCAGCUUGGUGGGCGGAAAGACACGUUUCACUGAUGAAGAGAUGUGGAGUGUUGUGAAAGAAUGGGAUGACAAGGGCUACUGCCAGUCUUGUGGCUCUCGUACAAACUACAAGGGCAUUCUGGCAGGCCACGCCUAUACGGUGCUCCGGCUGGUGGACGUUCCAAUCACACGGAAAGAUCGCCAUGGCGGGGAGGUGGAUUUCGUGUUGAAGCUACUCCAUGUGCGAAACCCGCAUGGGACCAACGAAUGGGUCGGCCGCUUCAAUGACAUGGACUGGGAGACAUGGCACGCCUUUCCAGAAGCCCUAAAGGCUACCGGUCAUAAGGUUGGUACCAAGGACGAUGGUGCCUUUUGGAUGGACUGGGAAGACUUCAAGGAAGGCUUCAGAGACAUCAGCGUUGCCUUCACUGCCGAAAACAAGGGAGCCCGCUAUACUGAUGAUUCGGCGAAAGCGCUUGUGGAUCGAAGGCUAGGCCGAUUCGUUGAAAACGUUUCGGCCAUCUGGAAGCAUGCAGAAGCAGUGACGCUUUCCAGUGCAUCCAGCGACGCUGACGCCUUGCUGAAGGCAGCCAUGGUGGCAGGGUUCCAGCCCAACAUUUGUGUGCUGUACAGAGGCCAACGCUCACCGUAUUGGUAUUUGGACAGCAAUGAGGAGGUGUCGCCAUUCAGAGGUUCUGCCAAUGCGGACUACAAGAUGAGUGGUGCGGAUGGUGAAGAGUGGAUGGUUUUCAGUGACUCCAUGAAGAUGGGAAGAUUCAACAGCAUCAUGGAUUCCUCAUUGGUCUUCUCACCGUUUGUGCUCCUCUUCGCCAACGCGGUCAUGAUCGAUGAGAAGAAGGGCGAGAUCCGCUUUGACAAGUGGUACGCCUACAUCCAAAGUGGACCUUGGAUCAAGGAGCUUCUGUACCUUCGAUCCCAGGUUAUGCCACAGUUCAAGGACAGCGAUGCCAGUGAUGCCACUGAUGCCAGUGAUGAAGCGAUGGAGUCGCGAGAUAUUGCCUCCUUUCCAAUGGAGUUGGUCCAGCGCAUGACGGAUUUCCUGAGGCAGAGGCCCAUCCGACUAGACAAGAUCGAGGCGGUGGCCCGCUCCAUCGACGAAGAGGUCACGGGUGCAGCGCGGCGGCAGCUCUCCACCUACGAGUGGCCGGAGGAGAUCAGUCAACAGUCAACAGUCAAUCUAUCAUCAGUCAACAGUAUCAUCAUGGUACUCCAUCUAAAUGAUAGUCAAUGA